UGUGGUCUUCCUAGUGAUGUUUUACCUUACUUUUUAAGGCUGGAUAAGAGUAUAACAGGGAUAAACCAAUAAGUGUCCUCAUUAGACAUUGUGAUCUAUGUGCCUCUUGCACCAGUGUAAUUUGUCCAUGAUGUGCUCCAUGAAUCCCGUAAUGUUACAAUUAUUAUCCACAUGGCUGCAAAGCUAUCCAUAAAGAAUUAAAUGGCUUAAUUAGUAAUUGAUGACAAUACCUUAAACAAAAUGAAGUACAAUAUUCAUAUUCUGCAAAGGCUUUAGUUAGAUGCUUUAAAAACAGCUUUAUUAGAAAGUGACAUCAGAUCCGUAUGGGAAAAACCUGACAAACUGGUUUGUUCCUUUGAAAUUUUCAUGGUAACUCAAGCAUAUAUUUGUGUGUUGAGAUUGACUUUUGUCUGACUGCAUUCACGUCUCUAACAUCUCUAUCAUGGAAGCCUUGCACAAACUCCUAAAACUAUGUGCAGAAAAGAAAUCUGCUAUCGGUUGUGGCUUUCUGACACUUCUAACAGUGGGCAGCCAGCAGUUGUUUUCACCGAUUGUGUUCCAGUGUCCAUGCAAUGAGCACAAUCUUAUGUAUGGUUUUAUUUUUCUCUUAGCUCCAGCAAUUAUACUCACCAUCAUAGGUUACUUCUUGAGUAGCAGGACUUGGAAAUUUUUUACAGGCUGCUGUCUUAACCCAGUGAAGAUGUGCCCCAAUGGAAACCGAUGUCAAGGUCUUCAUGUCUUUGUACAGCUGACACGGAAUGCUCUCAUAGUUCCUGGCAUGUGGAUUUCUAUGGCCUUACUACAUGGAUCUUUCUAUGCAUGUGCCAUGAGUGGCUGGCAGAACCCAAACUAUAUCCAGUAUCUGUGUAAGCUGUACAAAUCUGAACACUGCCAGAAGCAGCUCUACAAAGUGACCUGUAACAAAACAGCGAUGCCUGGCAAUGAAACACAAGAGGUUGUUCUGCUUCUUCAAGCUCAAUCUCAGGUUAUUGGAUGGUGCCUUAUAGCUAUGCUUUCUUCACUAGCACUUCUAUGUGCUUGUUGGUCUAGGUGUCGAUCAAAUGUAAGUUCUGUUCAGACAGUUUUCUGGAAAAUGUAUGUUAACAAGGAAAAAGAGAAAUUUGAUGAACUGGCUCAGGAAUAUGCCACCAAACUUGCUGAAAGGAAUCUGAGAAGUUUCUUUGAAAACAAAGAUCCAGGUGACUUUAAACUGCCAAAUAACAAAGCUUGGGAGAAGAUUUCAGCAUUGUAUACAUUCCAUCCAGACUACCAGUACUAUAGCACUCUUCACAGAUUUGUUGAGCACGAAGACAAUGAAGUAAAAGAAGUCAUAAUGGAUUUUGCAGAUGGACAAACAUAAUUAAGCAAUUUUUUUUUUUUUUUUUUAUGAAGAGUGAAAGAUGAAUAAAUUGUUAUUUAAUUUCCACAAAUUGAGCUAGCAGCAUUAUAUACAGCUUCAUUCUCCUCUACAAGAGCUUAUGUACUACAUCAGCCUUUCUCAACCUUUUCAACACAGAGGAACCCUUGAAAUAACUUUUUGGCUUCAGAGAACCCCUGCUAAAAAUUAUUAUAUAUACACAACUCAUGAUACAUUAGUGAGAUGUUCAGUAGAAAGAAUUAUCCUUACACUUGUGGUCAUUGGGAAGAAUUACCCCCUUACAGAUAGCCAAAAGGAUCAAUGGUCUCAGUCAUGGGGACUUGCUAAGAGAAUCCCUGGCAACCGCUGAAGGAACCCUUGGGUUCCAUGAACCUCUUGUCGAGAAACCCUGUACUACAUUAUUAAGCAAAUGGUGGCCCAGCUUGAAUAUGAUUGACCUCAUCUAAAAUAAAUUUGACCAUGCAUCUGUAUAGAGUAAAAUAUAACGCCAAACUUUAAUAAUGUACAGAGGACAAAUGACUACAUAUAUAAACACAUACAUCAUCCAGCUACUUCCACUGUUCUGCCUAUUCAUUAUCUGAAUUGAUAUUGAUCAGCUGCUGAAUUCAGAUGCAUUCUAUACUUAGCCUGAAUAAUAGGAAAUUAUACCUAAAUCUGCCUAAUCUGCAUAAUAAUUGUGCAAUGUGCUGUAUAUAUGCAAUAUAUAUUCCACUUGUAAUUAAUUUGAUUUUGUACAUUAAUUAUGAACUAGGAAAUCCAGAAAAUGUAUAAAUAAUGCCAGCUGAUGUUUAUAAACCAUCUGUAUUGUGCUUUGCCAAAUGUUGUGUGGUCUAUGAAUCUGACCUUCAAGGCUGUCUCAAAAUCUAUUCGGUAAGUAAACUUCACAAUGACUGCUUUGUAAGACAAGUAACAUAAAUAUUUGAUGUCGUCCUGAUCUGCAAAAUUAAAAAAAAUGAUGCAUGGUGAAUUUUUCAAAGCAAAAUUAUACAUUUGCUUUGAAACACUGCUAAAGGAUAUCACCUACUGAGAUUAUAUCUAACUGGUACUCAAUAAUGGUGUAAGGUAGAAUUGUAUUACUUGUGAGAUGGAACACUU